GAAUCAAUCUCCCUUUCCCCCACUUUAUAAAUUAGGGUUUUCUCCCACCUCCCGCAAUUCCCAUCCAUCAAACCCCACAAACCCUAGGAGAGAGAAAAUCAAUUUCCAUCACCAUGACAGGGAAAGCCAAGCCAAGGAAGCACACCGCCAAAGAACUCGCGGCCAAACUCGACGCUGCAACCACCAAUCGCGGCGGCGGUAAAGCCGGCGUCGCCGAUCGUACCGGCGCCGUUAAAGGUGGUCAUGCUAAAAUGGAAUGCCCUCUUUGCAAAGUGACCGCCCCAGAUGUCAAAUCGAUGCAAAUUCAUCAUGAUGCUAAACACCCUAAAAUCCCUUUUGAUGAGAAUAAGAUUAACAAUCUUCAUGCUUCGACUUCAUCAACCGGUCCACCUCCUGGGAUUCGUGGGAGUUUGAAGAAGUAGUAAUUUUUAAUUUUGAUCUUUAUUUUUAGGGUUGAAGAAAAGAAGAAUCUGGUAUUUUUCUGGGUUUGAGAUCUGGGAUUUUAUGAUGUUUUCUUUGUUUUUUUCGAUCGAUUUGUGUUUGUUGUUGAUGUUUUGGGAUGUGGGGUUCUGUGAGAUAUAUAUGUUGGGAAUGGUGGGUGGAGUCUUGAAGAAGAGGAUUAUGAUGAAUUAAUGUUUGAUUAUUAAAAAAAUCGAUCUUUUUUCUGUUUUAAUCCUGCUUUUUUUUAUGGUAUUUGGAAUUGUUAAGUUUCUUA